AUGUAUAAUAAUUUAAAAACACAUUCAAGAUUUUAUCUUGAAACAGAAGAUGAAAUAGAAGAACCAGAAUUUUCACUUUGUUAUUCAUUAUUUUUACUUGCAUUCAUUACACUCCUUAUUUCAUUCUCUGCUGAUUUGUUGGUUGGAUCAAUUGAAGGAAUUGUUGAAGUGUCUGGUUUAUCAAAAACCUUUGUUGGUUUAAUCUUAUUGCCUAUUGUUGGUAAUGCUGCUGAGCAUGUAACUGCAGUAACUGUUGCAAUGAAAAAUAAAAUGAGCCUUGCAAUUGGUGUUGCUGUUGGUAUCAUAGUUGGAUGGAUAGUUGAUGAAAACAUGACUUUAUUCUUUCAUACCUUUGAGACUGUCGUUUUAUUUAUUUCAGUCUUAAUGACAAAUUAUCUUAUUCAGGAUGGUAAAUCUAAUUGGUUAGAAGGUGCAAUGUUAUUAGCUACUUACACCAUAAUUGCUUUGGCAUUUUUCUUUUAUCCUGAUAAUCCAGACAUUGACUGA